UCUUGUGCCUCCAACAGGUGCUCAGCAGUCCAAUGCUACAACAGUAAAGAUAUAUGCAGAAGGGUAUUGUUCCAUGUAUGGUAUUUGUGGACGCCGCGGUGAUGGAAAGGUUUUGAGCUGUCCUUAUAAUGUCCCUUCUAUGAAGGCAAUUCCUUUUCUUGUGGGAUGCCCAGCAUGCUUGAGGAACUUUUUAAAUCAAAGCCUUUUCAUCAACGUGACUUCUGUGAUGAAGGUCAAUGACAGUUUGACCGUUGAUGGCAUAGAUUUUUAUGUAACUAGUCAGUAUGUAGAGGAGUUAUUUAAUUCAUGCAAGGAUGUGAAAUUUGGGACUAUGAACACUCGUGCAAUGGAUUUUGUUGGUGCAGGUGCUCAAAAUUACAAAGAGUGGCUUGCAUUUAUUGGUCAUCAGGCAAAUCCCAAUGAACCUGGUUCACCAUAUGCAAUAGCCUUUCGAACAAAUCUUAAUGAUUCAGUCAGGAUGAAGCCUAUGAAUGUUACAGUUUAUUCAUGUGGUGACCCUUCUCUUGGCUGUUCAUGUGGUGAUUGUCCUUCAUCUUCUGUAUGCUUUGAUUCUGCUUCACCUGCUCCUCAUGAGAAACAAGCCUGUGCUAUUAGAAUUGGUUCUUUGAAGGUCAUUGGGAUAAUGUGGAACUAUCAUUCUGUGCAAAGGAUAAUAGGCAAAGUAGUCAAAUGUUUGGAUGUUUCAUUAGCAAUUUUGUAUUUUCUCUUAGUUUCUGCUUUUUCAGUAUGGUGUUGGUUACACAGAAAACAAGAAAGAACAGGUCCUUCUACAACAAAAACUUUGGUGAAUGUUAUGGGUGAAAAUGAGCUCCUUUCCGUUAAUAAGCAGGAAAUUUCUACUCAGGUUACUCAGAUCCAGAGGCUUGAUCGCACGGGAUUGGGGAGUGCGUUAGAUUUUUCGAUGAUUUCUUCGAUUAUGGGCAUUUUAGUUAAAUUAGUUUGGACAUUUGAACUAUGUUGGCAUAUGCUAUUUUGAAAUUUUGUAAGACCGCUUUUGAACAAUUUAAAU